AUGGCUGGGAAGGCUGAAAGGUGUGUAUGGGUUCCAGGGCCAGUGAUAGUUGGGGCAGGACCCUCAGGGUUAGCAGUGGCAGCAUGCCUUCAUGACAAAGGGGUGCCCUUCUUGAUCCUAGAGAGGUCCAACUGCAUUGCCUCUCUAUGGCAACACAAAACCUAUGAUCGCCUCUCUCUUCACCUCCCUAAGAAGUUCUGUGAGCUCCCUCUCAUGCCAUUCCCUCUCAACCUCCCAGACUAUCCUACUAAAAACCAGUUUGUAUCCUACCUUGAAGCUUAUGCUAAUAAGUUUGAUAUCAGGCCAGAGUUCCAAAGAACAGUGGUGAACACUGAGUAUGAUCAUGGACUUGGCUUGUGGAGAGUGAAGGCAGUAAUUAGGGAAGGAAAUUAUAAGGAGGAGGAGGAGGAGGUGGAGUAUGUUUGCCGGUGGCUUGUUGUAGCUACCGGAGAGAAUGCGGAGGCCGUGUUGCCGGAGAUCGAAGGAAUGAAGGACUUUCAGGGAUUGAGCAUGCACACAAGCUUGUAUAAGAGUGGUGAGAUGUUCAGAGAUAAGAAGGUUCUUGUUAUUGGUUGUGGUAAUUCAGGCAUGGAGGUUUGCUUGGACCUCUGCAAUCAUAAUGCUCUCCCUUCACUAGUCGUAAGAGAUUCGGUGCACAUACUUCCCCGGGAGAUGCUAGGCCAAUCUACAUUUGGGUUAUCCAUGUGGCUUCUCCGGUGGCUGCCGAUGAGCAUUGUCGACUGUCUUCUACUCGUGUUAUCGCAUUUCAUCAUCGGUGACACGUCUGUCUUCGGCAUCCCUCGACCUCGGUUAGGGCCUCUUGAGCUCAAGUCACAGUCCGGGAAGACUCCAGUGCUUGACAUUGGCACGUUGGCUCAAAUCAAGUCCGGAAAAAUCAAGGUGCGCAAGGCUGUGAAAAGAUUAAUGAAACAUGGUGCAGAGUUCAUGGAUAAUACAUAUGAGGACUUUGAUGCUGUCAUCCUUGCAACUGGUUACAAGAGCAACGUGCCAUAUUGGCUAAAGGAGAGUGACUUAUGGGAGGUAGAUGAGGCAAUGAAGAGUUCUUUCAACAUAUGUUGGAAAGGACAGAGUGGUUUGUAUUCAGUGGGUUUUACUAGGAAAGGUUUGAGUGGGGCCUCCAUUGAUGCAAUGAAGGUUGCUGAGGAUAUUGAAAAAUGUUGGAAGGCUGAGGCCAAGCUACAACCUAUGUCCACGUUUCCUCUCAAUUAAAUAUAUAUAUAUCUAUAUCUAUAUCUAUAUAUGAGA